CCCUCUCUUUCUGCAAAUUUCUUCUUUCAUCUCUCGAAUUCCAGACGGAUCAUUCAAAUCGUUUGUUUCUGUUGCAUCGGCGAGCCCAAUUCUGACAUUCAGGUGGUGAAAUUGAAGGAAAUGGGAACAGUACAUGAAAAGCUGGAGGAAGCCAUGGCAGAGAAUGAGAAGCUGAGGAAAGAGCAUGAGAUGAAAGCAGAAUCCAUGGAGAAUUUGAGAAGAGCUUAUGAUGAGCAAGUGAUGAAGGCUGAGGAUGGGAGUUCUAAAGUGGAAAAGCUCACACAGGAGUUGAGUUUGAAGGAGGAUGAACUGUCUGCUGCAAAGCAGAAGUUUGAAGAACUGAAUGCAAAUCUGAAGGCAAAAGAAUCUGCCAUCAAGCAUUUGAGUUCUGCGAACGAUAGGCUUCGCUUAGACUCUGCAGAGAAGGCGAAGAAACUCGAGGAGGAGAACAGGAAGAUGGUGAGGGCGUUGGACGAGGCGAAUGCAGUGAGAAUGGAUCAGAAUCAGCAGAUACAAUCUCUGAGAAAUGAAAAUGAAAGGUUGAGGGAAAUGGUGAGUGCUUCUCAGAAGAUGUGUUCUGAAGCUGAGGAAAGAGCAAAGGCCUGCAGAGAAUUGAGACAGAGAGAUGAAGUUCUGUUCAAGUUAGAGGAGGAGAAGAUUAAGCUUGAAGAUGAGCUUAAAUGGAAGAAAGAACAGUUCUGUCAUCUGGUUGAGGCUCAUGAGAAUCUCCAGAAGAAAUUUCGCGAAAGGGAGAAAGAAUGGGAGGAGGAAAAAGAAACACUGUUUGAUCAUAUCUCCACAUUGCAGUCCACCUUAGAUUCCCAAACAAGAAUUUCAGAAGAUCUUCGAACCCGAUUGCAAAUGUGUAAUCAAGCCCUAGCCCAUGAAGAAACCAGGAGAAAAUUCAUGGAAGCUCAACUCUCAGAAUCCAAAUCCUGCAUUGACAGUGUUUCUGCAGAAUAUGAGGAAGCCAAGUCAAGAAUCGACGGUUUGUGUGCUCAAAGGGAUAAAGAAAUCGCGAAUCUAAGAGACGCCAUGGGCUCGAGGGAAGCAAUCUACAAGGAAACAGAAUACAGGUUUCGAAAACUAGAACAAGAGAAACAGGAGUUAAUGGCAUCCCUGAAAGAAUUCCAGGAAGCUGGAAUCAAGGCCUCUGGAAAUUCUUCACUGUCAAAACUCAGAAACAAGCUCAAGGCCAAAGAAGCUCAAUGGGCUUCUGAAAUGGAGGGUUUAGCUGGGGAUCUCGAUUGCUGCAAGUCCGAGUUAAAGAACAAAGACGGUUUGAUCACCGAGCUUCAGAAAGAGCUGCAGUCUUGCCAUUCCUUAAUGUUCGAGUUAACAUUGCAGAACGAGGAGACUUCUGUGAUGUUACUCGUCUUGAAAUCACACCUCUCCGAGGUGUAUCAGAGCCUCGCUAACGCCUAUGCUGCUGUGGAUUUUAAAAACAAAGAAGACGAGCUUCACAUUUCGACUCUAAUGCAACAAUUAGACGAGAAAAACAGUACUCUUGUCAUAGCAGAAAAGGAUCUUGAAGACGAGCGCCACAAGGUAGCAGCGUUAUCAGCAAGGAUCGAGUCAUUGAAUUUGAUCGACGAAGAACAGGUUCCAUUGCAGACAGAGGUUGAUAAACUAAAGGAAAUGCUCAAAGAGGCCUCGGCCUAUCAAGAACAUUUGAAGGAGCAGGUGAUGAGAACAGAAAGCGAUUUAACAGAAGCACAAGACGCCUUGGAUCGAGCAAAUGAAGAACUGGCUGAUGUUUUGUAUGAGGGGAAUGAAGCUGUGUUUGAGUUGCAGAUAUGGAGGACUAUUGCAGAGAGGUUGAAAUCGAGCCUCGAUGAAAACCUGAUAAUGCGCAGAAAGGUAGAAGAUUCACUCUUUGCACAGAUGCACGUCGAGAUUGAUCUCAGACAGGAGAAAGACAGCCUUAUUGCAAAUCUAGCCGAGAAAGAAACAGAAACAACUGACCUCAAACAAAAAAUUGCCUUACUGAACGAGGAACUCGAGAAGAGGGAUCUUCAGAAAGAACUCGAGUGGCUGAGGGAAGAACUCGAAGGGUCUAUCUUAGCACAACAAGAAGCAGAGAGAAUCCACGAGAAAGAGAAGGCGAGUUUUCACCACAGAAUCGAGGACCUCCAGAAACUCGUCUUGUCACUCGAACAAGAAUUCGAAAACACAACCACCUCGUUCUCAUCCAGACUUGUUCAGAUGCAGGCAGACACUGUUAAGUUCCGCCAAACCUGGGAAACAGUCAGAGAGGCCGUGGUUCUGAAAGAGAUCGAAAUUCAAGAGACAAACAUGAUUAACUCAGAGCUGGAAAACGAUUUCACUACUCUCAAACAGAAAGUCGAGCAGCAGAACAGACGUCUAAGCACUUUGUCAUCUAAUCUCGGUAACCAGACAAGCAAUUCAGAUAGGGAAAUGCUGCUGGAUAUGUUAACAGGACUGUCAGAUAGGAUGAGCCAAUUAUCCAUGGAAGACAAACAGCUAACUAAAGAACUGGGAAGAAUUAUGCAGAGUUUUAACAGCAAUGGAGGAUUAAGAGUGAAUGAAUUCUUUGAUCCUGCAAAAGAGAAUCUGAACAGAUGCCCCUCUCCAACUAAGACUGUUGAAGCUGCCAUGGCUGGAGAGAGAUCACCCUUGAGAGCUCUCAACAACUAACUACUGGGUUCGAAAAUGCUACUUGCAUCAAUUCUUACAUCAUUUGAGGUAGAUUGAAUGAUUGAUUAGUGAUUACUCCUAAAUCAUACAAAAAGUUUUAUCAUUAUCCAACUAAACCUUGAAGCUAUUUUCAUUUAGCUUCUUCUCAUUUAUCUUGAACAGUUAAUUAUAUAGAUUUUAACCA